ACAGAGGCGGCCGGUGCUGGGAACCGCCUGCGCCCGGGGGGGAGAGGCCGGGCUGGAGCCCUGCCUGGGGCCGCAUGCGGGGCCGGCUCUCGCCCCCGGCCGGAGAAGGGCCCCCCGGGGGGGCGCUCCCCAGCGGGCGGAGGGGGCAGCCGAGGGGGAGCGGUGCCUCUCUCCGGCCGCCGCCGGGGAGCGCGGGAGGAAGCGUCCCCGCCGCGCUGCGAGGGGGUCCGGCGGCGUGCCGGACGCCGCCGCCUAGCCAGGUCUAUGAAUCAUGAAACGAAUUCUUCUGGUUUUUAUCCUGGCAGCUGCUGUUAUGUAUGGUAUACUGCAUGGAAAUCUGUGGAGAAAUAACCUCUACUGGAUUAGCUUUUAUGGACAGACUUCCUCUGUGAGGGCUCCUCCUUCUUAUGAGACUAGUGGAGUUACCCAGCUGCCACCUACGGCUGUGGAGAGAAAGAACACGCUGGACACUUGUCUCCUGAAACCGGCAUUUGAAUCUUUACUGGGUGUUGACAAAAUAUACCCGUUCCUGUGCGCUAAUGAUUUUAUCAGAGUGGCGGAGUUUCGCGGGAGCGAUAAGUUUGAACUACCUUACGGAAUAAAGAGAGCAGAGCAAUUUUUUCGUUUAGCCCUUUCAAGACUGCAGAACUGUGGACUUUUCAAAGAUGAUGACAGCACUGCCUGUCGCCGGUGUGUUGUGGUCGGUAAUGGAGGAGUGCUUCGAAAUAAGACGUUAGGGGAGAAAAUUGACUCAUAUGACGUGAUAAUAAGGAUGAAUAAUGGCCCUGUUGUAGGGUAUGAAGAGGAUGUUGGGAGGAGGACGACUUUCCGCCUUUCUUACCCGGAAUCCAUCUUCUCAGAUCCCAUCCACUACGACCCUAAUACAACUGUUGUUCUCAUUGUCUUCAAACCACGUGACUUGAAGUGGCUCUGGGAGAUACUAAGUGGUCAGAAAAUAAGUGCUAAAGGCUUUUGGAAGAAACCAGCCCUGAACUUGAUAUACAAAUCUAGUCAAAUCAGGAUUCUUGAUCCUAGCAUCACCAGAAAAACGGCUUAUGAAUGGCUUCGUUUCCCAACAAGGUUUCCCAAAAAGGAGAAACCCAAGCAUCCAACAACAGGGCUAAUAGCCAUUACGCUCGCAUUUCACAUAUGCCAUGAAGUACACCUGGCAGGCUUCAAGUACGACUUCACUGACAGAAACAGCUCUUUGCACUACUACGGCAAUGACACAAUGUCUCAGAUGAUGCAGAAUGAAUACCACAACAUCAACGCUGAGCAGAAAUUUUUGAAGAAGCUUAUAGACAAGAACUUUGUGGUCAAUUUGACGUGAAAGCUGAGUGUAAAAUAUGAAGAACAAUCACUAUUUUCAAGAUUUGAAGAUUUUUUAUUUUUUGUAUGACAUUUUUAUUUUUUAAGUGCAGCAUAACUGUUUACCGUUUAAAAGGAGCACAGAAACCUCACCAAGGCAGAAGCUUCUUCUAAGCCAGAGCAAAAUGGACUGUUGCAAACAGUUGACUGAAUUUCUGUGAAGCUAUUUAAUAAUGGGAAAACCGUGAAACUUUCAGCUGAAAGUAUCAGGGAUAUAUAAAAAUGUGAGGCACAUCACUUAUUUAUCAGCAAGAACUCUUUCCAAAUGAUUACUUCUCUGGAAUACUUUUGUUCUGAUGUUGUCCUCCAAAAGAAUUACACUGUCAAGAGACUGAGACAACUGGUGUUUAAUUAGUAGAUGGAUGUUAAGUCCUGAAUGUCUGUUUUGUAGAAUGAAAAUGGCUUUAAAACGAUGCCUAUAAAUAUUACUGUGUGUUUGGGAGAAGGGGGAACGUACAGAGUGUACGGGUUUUAGUCUGCCCUACUGAGGAGGGGAUGUCCAUCUUCAGGGAAGAAGCCACAGCUUCUGCACUGGCAUCGACUCUGAACUGCUGCCCGCCUUUGCCAACAGCGAAGACCCUUUGGUCUGAUUUGUGGAGACGUUGGUAUUGACAAUGCUCGUGUUGUACCCUCUUUGUGGAAAACCAUAGUCCCCGUGCUGUGUGUCCAAUAAAUUUUAGGGUUGGUGACUUGACUUAGAAAAGAGGGAGUAUGAAGACUGAAGAGUUGUCCUAACUACCUGCGUGUCAACUGCUUCCCCCAGACCACAACAGAAACGUGAGCUGGGACAGAGAGAUUAGCACUUGAGUUUAAAUUUAGAGCCAAUGUUUGUUGGAUUCCUAGAUCUCCAGGACAGGAUCUCAUGUGUGUUUCUGUUCGCUCCCCAAGAAUCGAGGUGUAUUUCUCCAAACCAGCACAAUCUCCUUUCUCAAAUGCUGUAAUGCGUUUGCACCUUUGAAAUGCAUCGAUAUGAACAAUGAAUGUUCCCGGUUUCGGCAGUAGAGUGUGCUAGGGAAUAUCCAAGAUGUACCUCAGCUGAAUUAUUAUUUGGCCUCUGUUUACCUCUCAUGUCUUGACAUUUAGGUUUAAAGGAUGUGGCUGAGCUAAAUCAUUUAGUGGGAACUUACUUGGGAUUUUAAUUGAAACAUUUAAUGGCAUGUUUGUUUUCCUGCAUUGGUUUGUCUCAGACAAGCCUGCUGAAUAAGUUAAAUCUGCUUGGGAAUGUCCUUGACAACUGUCAAAGAAGAACAAGUAGUAUGCUGUUCUAAUUCUCUCAUAGAGUGUAGAUAUAUAUUUUUUUUUUUUAAUUGUGGCAGAUUUGCUUGAAGAUCUUGUGGUUAUCUUGAUCAAUCACACCUAAAGAAGGCACAAAGAAGUCCACUUAAAAAAGUCGUAAUAGUUGGUAGAAAAACCUUUGCUGCUUUUUAAUAAAAUGAUAUCAAGAGCUAUAGUACGUUUAGGAGCAGUGCAAACAACUAAAAUACGAAUGCAAUCCUCUAGCAGCUCAAGAGCACAGAAUUUGCCUUUUUCAGAAGCUGAGGAUUACAGAAGUACUGAACACAAUUUCUUUGCAGCAAUGUAGAGGAAUAAGCAUUAAAGCGACCAAAGAAUCAUCUUUCUUUUUUCCUAUAUCUCUUGUGGAGUGCAGUAGGUAUCUAAAAAAACCCCAAGCCACACCUUCCCAUAGUUCUCCUCUCCCUCUUUAGCCCCUUGGUGCUGCCAUUUGGAAAUCAGCGAUGGGAGCUACAGCCGAAGGGGGGGCGGCUUGUGCUCUCACACCAUGUUUUCACCUAAUGCCUCCUGAGCUUUGGUCCAUUUCAGGCAAAUUGGAUGCAUCUGAAAUAACUCCGGAUGCCAUAAAAAUCUGUGGGGGGGGGGGGCGCGGGGAAGGAUCCAGACGUGUCCCAGCAAGGGACAGGCUGUGCCAUGGGGCCCGUCUCCUGCAGGUGAUGCUGCAGGUGAUGGCCCCUUGUCCAGCCCUGCACGGGGAGGCAGACGAGAACAUGGAGGAGAGGGGAGCUCGGGAGGUCCUGGGGGCACUGGAGCUGGUGACUGUGGUGGAAAUGGAGGAAAACAGAAUUUCCUCAUGAGGUGGUGAGGUUAUUCACAUUUCCUUUUUUUUUAAAUGUGCACAUUUCUGAGCCUUUGAAGAAGUCUUUGCUCAAAAAUCUGCAUGCAAACAGGUGGGAUUUUGCACCAGCAAAAAAGAGAUAUUACGGUCUUUAGUUCUACCAGCAUUUAUUUCUCGUGAUUAUUUCAGUUAAUUAAAAAGAUUUGAGGUUUGUAUGUGACCCUGCAGCUGCAGACACACAGUGACGUAGACUACUGACAAUAGCGAUUCCAUAGGGUAAAAAUGCCGAGGCAAGGUCACGGUGUCAUCCGAGCUCUUUUCACAUAGAAGCCCUUGGUGUACAAUUCAGGCUCUUUGAGAGCAGAACCGGGCAGAAGUGGAGGGCUGCCUCUUCCCCCUUGCAACCUGUGGUCGCUCCCAGAGUUGGGUCCCCCAGCUCUCCCACGGGCUGCCACCGUGGAUCCACCCCAUCCCAUGUAACAUCUCACAAUAUUGUGACCAUGAGGAUUUUUUUUCCAGGAGUGCUGUUGAAUUUCUCUCCUCACUGGUUCUUGCCAUGGUGCAGACCGCUUCCCCCUGCUUCUCCAGCCCUGUCCUUGGUGGCAGGAGGUGGGUAGGGAGCUCUGUGAUUAUUUUCUCUGCUUUGUUUCCUCUUCCCGCUAAUCUAAACUGAUUCCUUCUCCUAAUUUUCCUAGGAAGUUUUCUUUCUUUGGAGGAGGAUGGAGUUUGUUCUGCUGUAGUUAGAAUCUAAACCAAAUAAUUGGAAAAAAGGCUUCAUGGCAAAUAAAUGGCAUCCCCCAAACUCUUUUUACUUAAAACAGACUUCUUUAGUCUUUUUUUUUGGGGGGGGGGGUCCCCACAUCAGCUUUUUUGGUCUCCCUAGGAUUUUUUUAUUUUAUUUUUUUAAAUUUUCUUUUGGAUAAUGUGUUUGAUAUUCUCAAUGCAUUGAAUAUGCUAUCUACAAGCAUUUAUCCCUAUUGACUGCUCCUUUUUAUGUGUUCUUAAUAAGCCUCCCCAUUUGUAUGACUGACUUCUUUCUGAAAUUAAGCAGCACUCCCAGGGAUAUUUUUCUCCCACGUCUGUGCUCCUGCAGGGAGGGAUGUUAAGUCCACGCGUGAUGAGGUUGCUGUCGCAGGGUGGCUGAGUAAGGUUUAGAGCCGGACCUGUUCACUUGGGACUGAGCCAAGAGUUGAUACUGUCGAUAAACCACAGGGUACUGGGUUUUGGUGUUUUGUUUUUUGGAAAGGACAGCUUGCAGGCCAGUAGCUUCUCUCUUCAGUAACAAGCAGUGAGCCAAGUGCUUCAUUUUCUACCCACCCCCCUGCCCCCAGAAGAUGCAGGCAAGAAUAACUGCACGUAACAUGUUUCACAGUAGCACCCACAGACACAGCAGUUAUUCUAUCCAGGCACGUGUUUUCACAGGCAUUUUGCAAUACCAAAGACUUGCCUUGGGACUUUUUGACAAAAGCAAUAACCCUAACUCUAAAUACUUAGAUCUUUUCUGGGAGUGAGCUGCUAUUAAGAUCUUCUAUUUUUGCCAUUCCUGAAACUGAAGUCUCUGCACUGAAACUUCCCUUUAAAAGCUCCCCCAUUUUUUUUAUCGCAUCAGCAGCAGUGAAGCUGUCAAAUUUUGAAUCCCAGGGUGCUGCCAGCUUUAUUUCUGUGUCUGGUAACGGUGUAACUAUAUGGGUACCCAGUGUCUCCCGUGAAUUUUCUUCUUGUAUCAGUUGCAAAAUCAGACGGUCUCAUCCCUUCCUCCGCUGUCCUGUUCUCCAGCAGCCUGCUGAAUUUCAAGACAGCAGCAUCUUACAACAAAGGUGCUCCUGUGUUUUAUCUGCCACCUCCUUCGAGUGCUGCACCAUCAGAAAGACCCAGCCCCGAGGUACAAAAGGCACAAAACAGGCAGGAUGAUGUGCAUCAGCUGCAAGCUCUGUUUGGCUCAGACUUUCAGGGGUUUUUUUUGUUUUCUGUUGGGAAAGUAUUUUUUCCUCUGUUGUAAUAAUUAAGGGAAGUACAGUGAUACGACUUAAGAAGGAAGGUCACAAACUAUUGCACUAAAUACGAAUCUGAGUGUGCCUAAAAGAUAUCACUAGAUGACAUUUCCAGUGACUGUAUUGGUGGUCAUAAUACAGAAUCACAACUUGGGUAUUUAAUAAUUAGCGUGUGGUAUCUCUUGUUUCCUAUGCCACGCUUUCCUUUCUAACAGUGCCCUGGGAGGUAGUAUAAAUACCUUAACUUUUAAGUGGAGUCUGAUUUUUAAGAACAUCCAAAGCUCAACAUCUGGUUUUGGUAUCGGUAAAUAUUUGUUUUAUUUGCCGUUUGUCUUAAGUUUUAUAUGCCUUUCAAGUGCCAGCUGUAUUUCGAAGACAUUCUUACAGUUGUUUCAAGUGAAAUUUUGAAUGCUACGAAUGGAAAGAGAUUAUUUUCCUGUGAAUAAAUUGUGUUAAAGACUGCCCUCAGGCUUAUUUUCCGCAAGGUCAGUACGCGGGGUGUGUGUGCAGAUGCAUGCCCAGUCCCAUUGUUAAUGCUGUGCAAAGUACUCGCGGUGUUGUCAGAUACAGUAUCGAGUUUCAGAACAAACUUUGGUGCUUAGUAGAGCAAACAAGGCUGAAAAUUGUUGAACCUAGGUAGGCUGAGCUGUGCUGCGGGGUGGAGAUCUCACUCCGGGCUGGGUAAAAGCAAAGCUGGGACAUAGAUUUUUGUGGGAAAGAUCAAGAGCAGUGUCCUGAUUUUAAUUUUUCAUGGGUUUUUUUUUUUUAAUCUUGCCCAUCUUGGGGAAUUCCAGGGGAAUGGUAAAAUAACAGAUGUUUAACUAAGAAGGUGGCGAGUGACAAAAGACUUUCUAUCUAAAGUGAGAGAUGCUGAUUGUGAUACCUUGCUCGUGUUUUGUUUUCUUUUUGGGCAGUAAAAAUGAGAUGCUGGGGAGCGGGGAGCUGCUUAGCCCAUGGCUUCAGGGCAUCUAAGGGAGAUUUAGAAAGCAAUUAUCUGACACAAGUAGGUAUUCAAUGCGUUCAUUUUUUUAGUAUGGACAGUUUAGGAGUUUGCCAGCCUGGAGGAAAUGCCUGUCUUUGAGGUGAGAUGGGGGAGCUGCACCAUCGGUUAUAAUUUACUCCCUGCAAUGGAGCCACAGUUGAAUAGUGAUGUAGAUCAGUGACAAAUAUGUUUCCACUUUUGCACUAGGUAUUUGUUGCAGGCGGAAGACUGGUGAGAAAUGGGAAAAGCUGUUUUCAAAUCGCAGGGAGAGCCGGGGGCGUGGUGCGCAUCUCCCAGCCCGGGUAGCCAGCUCUGGCUUUCUAGGCGAGCACAAACCCUUAAUGACGCGCCUCGACCACGUCUGAUUUCUCGCACUGGCUUCCUGCUCGCUGCCCCUGUGCCUUUUUAAGGCGCAUUCCCUCGCUCCAUGGGUCCCCCCCCCGCCCCGGCCCAGCCACGCUCUCCCUCUAGAUGCGAUGCUGGGACAGUGCGUUCCCCCAGGGCAGGUUUUGCCAGUAGAGGGGAACUAAAGAAAAAUAUUUGGAUUUUUUUUCAUACCAUUCUCUCAGUGGUUUCAGAGAGUCCUUGUGGUCUGAUAUAGGUAUUCAGCGGCGUGAAUGUUCCUUUGAACAGUUCUGCUGAAUGAAGACAGGAUUUUUUUUUUUUAAGAUAUUUAAUAAGAUAUUUUUUCAAAUCAGUACAAAAAUUUUAAAUACAAAAUUAUUUGCUUUUGACAUAUCUCUUAUAUUCUGGGAACAUACCGAAGUCACCAAUGCCUGGUAAACUGUCCGUCCGUUCCUGUCACCGUUCCAUAAAAUUUCUGAGAUAAAGCACCACAUUAUAUCACUGGAGUCCUUAGUCAAUGUUAGACUGCAUUAAACUCUGCAUUUAAAUAAUGGUAAUGCCAGUUAAAUCCAAUCUUAGUUCUGCAUGAAAAAUCUAGUUUGUUUUUGAAUCAAAAGCAGUAGCGUUAGCUAAAGACAUUGAAGAAGUGAUGAGUAUUUAACUCUUUCAACUAGCGCAACAGUGUGUGAUGUGCAGCACUGUACAGGGAACAACAGCAGAGUACACUGCCUUCUGGAAACGAAUACUUUUGAGGUGAGAUUAGCACCACUGAUGAACAGACAGCUCUUGCAGAGAAGUUGCUUUCCUCAUGUACAGAAAAGAUCAAGGCCUGCAGGUUCUCCUUGACAGUUGGUAACAUAUAAAUAAGGAUUGGAAAUCAGCUUUUAUAUAAAAAUGAAAUUCUUAGAUAAAUUUGCAUGAUCAGUACUGCUGGUAAAAUUAUCAGUUGAUCUCAAACAGCAAAUGAGUUAAUUAGCACAGAGACCUACUUCUGCUUUGCCUAGUCACUGAAGAGUAAACUGAUUUAUCUGUCACUGAGUGGCAGAAGAGGCACCACUUCUGACAAGCCAAACAGGACGCAGGUUCUUAGCACGAGCACAGAAACCCAAGCAGAUUUCUACCGCCCUGCUGUAUUGCCACGUGUUGGCCAAAAUGCCUCAAUCAUGUGGCACAAAGCAAAUGGGGAACCCUUCGGUUUUGUCUCUGAUCCACCUCAUCUACUUCAACCGUGCAAAUGCAGAGGGAGGCUUUUUGAGGGCUGUGGCAGUUGGAGGUGAGCCCAGCACCUGCUAGAGUCAGUGGCAGCGUUCUGGGUCCAAUGACUGCUGGAGAAGGCUUGUGGGGAAUAGUUACAUCGUUGAUACUCCUUUUCCAUCAUAAAUAAAUUGUUCAGGGGGAAAAAACACACCUGCAGGAAUAUUUCAUAUGGGGGGAAGGGAAAUAAAGGUCUCCAGCUAAGAGAACCUUUGCUUGUCAGGCAGACCUGCUGUCAAAAAGUCCCCCAAAAUCCCCACCCAAACAAAUAAAAAGCCACUCAAUUUUUCCAUAUAAUUUGAGACCGACCUACUCUGGUUUAAGUCACCGGUUUUCAUCUUGCAACUAUGAUCAAUGCAACAGUCAAAUAUGCAAUGGGAGUGAGUGACGUACGCUGAUUUGAACCUUGGUACUGAAUUAUUGUGAAUGAAAUGAAGUAAGCAUGGCAUCACAGAAAUAUAUAACGUACAGCUAAUAUGUCCCCCUCGGGUGCAAAACAACUGUUUAUGAACCUGAUACACAUCUUUAGAUAUGUUCACCACACUUUUUUUAUAACUAGCUGUGCAUAAUGUUAAACUUUGUAUUUAUUUAUUUUUUGCACAAGAUGGUCCAAAAUGGUCAUAAAAUGCAUCUUUCAUGGUAUAAGUUUGAAGCAGAGAAGAAAGGUUUUGAUUUUGUGUGU